AAAGCAGAGAAUUCCUACCUCAAAUGGUACUCCAAGCUCAGGCUCAAGCAGAAGCACGAAACUCCAACCUCAGUUCCACUCGCAGCAUUCGCUCUUGGCUCAUACGCCCAGUUCAGUCGCCCUCACCAACCUUCACCAUGAAGCUCGCCUCCGUUCUGUCCACCAUUGCUAUUCUGGCGACUUCAGUCGUCGCGGCCCCCACUCCUGAAGGUGCUAUGGGCCAUGGCCUUGCUGCUCGUGUUGCUGCCCGCUCCGAGCGUCGCGCUCCCGGCACCUUGCAGCACCUUACCAAGCCUUUGAUCAAGACUGGCAGUGCCGAGUUUACGCACGGCAUCAACGAGAACGCGACCAAGACUCAUGUGCAAUACUCUUCUAACUGGGCCGGCGCGGUGAUCGAGGAGCCUCCUACGGGUACUUUCACUGCCGUCGUUGGGACCUUCACUGUGCCCGCUCCUAACCCGCCAACUGGUGGCUCUUCGCGCACCACGUACGCGGCAUCAGCUUGGGUUGGUAUCGAUGGCGACACCUAUGGCGAGGCCAUCCUCCAGACGGGCAUCGAUUUCGAAGCCCAAGGUGAUGAGGUCGCUUUCAGCGCGUGGUACGAGUGGUACCCUGACUAUGCCUACGACUUCUCCCUGGACGUCUCGGAAGGCGAUGUCAUUGCCCUGUCCGCCAAGUCCAGCUCCAGCACUCGCGGCACCGUUGUCAUCAACAACUUGACGACCGGCAAGUCGGUGUCCAAGACCCUGUCUGCGCCCGACGCGAGCUCUCCGCUGGGUGGCCAGAACGCCGAGUGGAUCGUCGAGGAUUUCGAAUCGAACGGCAGCCUUGUUGCCUUUGCCGACUUCGGCAAGGUCGUUUUCACCGGUGCUACGGCUACUACCAGCUCUGGUACUACAGUAGGCCCUGACACCGCUGAGAUCAUUGAGAUCAAGUCUGGAAACACGGUCCUUACGGACGUCUCUAUCGACAGUGACAGCCAGCUUACUGUUACCUACGUUUAAGGAGAACAUGCUUGGGGUUAGACACACCUAUCUUCCGUUGUAUGGAUUAGGCUUGAGCAAUGGAAUUGAAGAUGGUGGUGAUUUGGAGAAGAUGAUGAACACUGCGGCGCGGUGUGGUCGGAGAUGGGGCUGGAGCUUUGAUAUUGUCAAAUAAGCUACUGCCAAUCAUUGUAGCUACGGCACGGAACGAGAAGCCAUGAGCGGGAAGCUUUUCUUACUGUCGUUGUCUUCUUCGCUUCCCUCUACAGGUUUAGACUGCUGCAGGGUCAGCUGCUUGUAGAAAUUGAGACUUUACUGGUA